CACUCGCUCUGGUCUUCCUCCUCAGGUCGUACUCAGAGACGCAACAUAAUAUUUUAAUUCUACUCAGUAAGAAGUAUCCCAAGAUGAAGAUAACAACUCACUUGUUGUUUGCGGCAGUGAUCGGGGCCACCCUAGCAGUGCGCCUCAACUAUUUACCUCCAACAAACGGCUUUAAUGGCAACGGAGUUAAUGGCAAUGGGAAUGGCAACGGAUUAACUAAUGGUAUUGCCAAUGGAAAUGGUUUCACUAAUGGUAUUGUCAAUGGAAAUGGUGGAUACGCCAAUGGAUUUAAUGGAAAUGGUUUUACAAACGGUGUAAAUGGAAUCGGAAAUGGAUAUACUAAUGGGAAUGGUCUCUUUGGAAAUGGCAAUGGUGUUCUUAACGGAAAUGGUAACGGAUACGCCAAUGGUGUAAACGGCAACGGUAAUGGAUUUAUUGUCAAUGGAAACGGUGUUAUUAACGGGAAUGGUUAUGCCAAUGGAAAUGGUAAUGGAUUUCUCAACGGCAACGGUGCUUUUAAUGGGAAUGGAUAUGUCAAUGGAAAUGGGAAUGGAUUUGUCAAUGGCAACGGCGCUGUUAACGGGAACGGAUACUACAACGGCAUCGUGGACCCCAUCAGCGCCCUUGCUGAUGCUAUUGGAGGUGGCGGCGUCCCCGGCGUGGACUAUCCCAUCCUGGCUUCUGUCCCCUUCACUGGAUUCUCCUGCGGCGGACUAAUACCCGGAUAUUACGCUGACACUGCCCCCGAGGCCGGCUGUCAGGUGUUCCACAUCUGUCAGGCAGAUGGCAGGAGCGACUCCUUCCUGUGUCCCAACGGCACCAUCUUCAACCAGCAGUUCUUCGUGUGUGACUGGUGGUACAACUUCGACUGUUCCACCGCCCCACAGUUCUACGGUCUCAACGCUCAGAUCGGAGUGGUCAACGGUAAUGGCAACGGAUACUCCAACGGCAUCGUCAAUGGCAUAAUCAACGGUAACGGGAUUUAUGGAGCGAGGAAUGGAAACGGAGCCAUCAAUGGUAACGGUUACGUUAACGGAAACGGAGUCAUCAAUGGCAAUGGCUACGUUAACGGAAACGGAGUCAUCAAUGGAAAUGGCAACGGCAUCGUUAAUGGAAAUGGAGGCAACAAUGGCAACGGCUACAUAAACGGAAACGGAGUCAUCAAUGGCAAUGGCUACGUUAACGGAAACGGAGUCAUCAAUGGAAAUGGCAACGGCAUCGUUAAUGGAAAUGGAGGCAUUAAUGGCAAUGGCUACGUAAAUGGGAAUGGAGUUCUCAAUGGAAAUGGAUUUACAAAUGGUAAUGGCAAUGGUCUUAUUAAUGGCAUAAAUGGAAACGGCAAUGGUAUCAACGGCAAUGGUUACAGAAACGGAAACGGUAACGGUGCCACCAACGGGCUGUACCAGACGCCCAGCCUGUGAACACUGCUGACCGCACCUCCGUCUCGACUCCUUCAAGAAUGUUUACUCCUGUCUGCCAAAGCUUUAUGUUGUGUCCUCGUAGCUGAGUGAUGUUGAGGCUGGAGACCCUUGGUUGAUCUUCCUCGAGAGACUUUAAACUAACCAAACCAAAACAAGUGAACUUGACCCUUAAUGACUGGUGGCAGUGAAGACUAAGUUGUUUAUAAUGAGUUCUUGGAAGCUGCCUCAGUGCCUCAGUCCAGUUAUUAUACAAACCCAAUUAGAUCUACGAUUAUCUCUAUGUGUGUAUAUAUCUGUACACCCAUACACAAUCAUUCGGCUAUUUAUAUUUUUAUCGUGAA